UGAUUUGUGGUGUUUUAACGGUGAUGUGGUGGUGUAGAUUGAUUAAUGUGAAAUUUUUAGGUGGCUAAAUACCUUAUUUAACUCGGAAAUUACUGAGUGAACAAUACAACACACCAAUAUGGCCGAUGAGAUUUUUUUAACAGAUAAAGGCGCAUGCGGACUUGUCUUAUAUAUACUUUCUGCUUCCAAAAAAUGACACUACGAUUUUAUGUGGCGCCACGUUGGACAUUUUUUACCUCUCGCUGAUUGGGCAAAGCAGAUUUUUUGAGUCGAGAAAAUCCCGUUUCGAAAAAUUCAAAUUUGGCGGGCUACAGUGUCGUUCUGCAGAUACUGUAGAGCACUGUACAGUGUGAGACGGCGUGCUGCAGUGGCAUGGUGUGCGUGGACUAGUUGAUAAUAUUUUUCUAAACAAAACUAUUGACAGGAUGUCAUUCCGUGGUCGUGGAGGUGGUGGAGGCUUUGGGAGAGGUGGAGGCAGAGGUGGACGUGGCGGUGGCUUCCGAGGGGGCAGAGGUGGCGGUGGUGACAGAGGACGAGGGUUCGAUCAGGGACCCCCCGAGCACGUGACACCUCUUGGGCACUUCGAGUGGACAGUUCAGGACGAUCUUGUUGCUAAAGUUGAUAUUGAACAGGUCCCCUACUUCAAUGCCCCCAUUUAUACAGAGAGUAAACAACAGAUUGGAAAGAUUGACGAGAUAUUUGGAAACAUUCGAGAUUAUUACGUCUCGAUUAAACUCAGUGAUAAUGUGAAAGCGACCAGUUUUGAGAAAAAUCUUACGUUGUUUAUUGACCCUGGAAAGCUUCUCCCACUGCAGAGGUUUCUCCCAAAACCUCCUGGUUCAAUAGAAAAACGUCCAGCACGUGGCAGAGGAGGCUCCAGGGGAGCUCCAGGAGGCCGGGGUGGUUUUGGCCGAGGUGGAGGCUCCAGGGGUGGAUUUGGUGGCCGUGGAGGUGGCAGAGGAGGAUCAGGCGGUGGAUUCCGUGGUCGAGGUGGUGGUGGAGGAUUCAAUAAUCGUGGGGGUGGAGGAGGAGGUGGAGGAAGGGGCCGAGGCAGAUGGUGAAAACUAUAUUCCACAGAUGAUCAUAGCAAACAUGAAAUAAAAUAUCCUCUUUUUUAUUAUUGAAAGACUCGAUUAUUACCACCAGGUGCAUUCUGUGUAAUGUAAAUGUUUAAAUAUUUCACUGAAUAGGCAAACGUCUAUUUCAACUGUACGAUUUCGAUUUUUACUUUGUGAAAAUCAUUGGGGAAGUAAGAGAAUUUUUGAUUCAGGGCAUAAUUGAAAUAUUAAUUGAAAAUGUGUAUGAAAAUUAUCAACAACUUUUUCCAUUCACUAAUUUUUUCCUUUUGUAAAAAUCGUCGACUACUCUGAUUUCAAG